CCCACCAACCAAUCUCAAAUCUCUCCACCCAAAAUGGCUAUUGCUCUCUUCUCCGCCUCUCUCUCCUUCUCCCUCCCUCCAAAAUCUCAUUUCCCAUUGCAUCUGGAUUCCCGCCAACCUCUCUUCAAUCCCCCAAACACUUCCCGAAUCCUCAAAAUCAGAUCAAAACCCUAUAGCAGACCCAUCUCCCCAUCUCAAGCCAAGAACAACGACACCGCAGAUGCCCCUGACCGGCUCAUCUCAGCCGUCUGUUACUUCUACCCCUUCUUCGACGGCAUCCAGUAUGGGAAAUACGUCAUCACCCAAUUCUCAGCCGUCCAGAUCCUCAUCCAGCCGUUGCUUCCCGCCAUCAGAGUCUUCAAAAGCUUCCCCUUGAAUGGUUUCUUGGUAUUUCUCACUCUCUAUUUCAUUGUCGUUAGGAAUCCGAAUUUCAGCAGGUAUGUUAGAUUCAAUACCAUGCAGGCUCUAGUCCUCGAUGUGCUCCUGAUCUUUCCAGAUCUUUUGGAGAGGACCUUCUCUCCAAAAGAAGGGCUGGGGUUGGAUAUUGUGAUGAGCUUGGAUAGCACUGUGUUCUUGUUCCUUUUGGUUUGUUUGGUUUAUGGAUCCACUUCUUGCUUGCUGGGCCAGGUGCCCAGGUUGCCGAUUGUAGCGGAAGCGGCCGAUCGGCAAGUUCUUUGAAUUUCCAUUUUGUCAUUUUUAAAAAGAAAUUAUAAUUUUGAUAUGUAGUUUGGGUGGAAGAUGGUAUUGGAUUUGAUGUUUUGGUAUGUUUGAUUUUAUGGGAAUUCAGCAUUUAGGACUGA